UUUUGUAACGCUGCAAUAACCGAUUCGAUUUAAUAAAUAACGUUCUUCCUCGUUUGUCAUAGCGUUGCUCAGGCAGAGUAUGUCUCCGAUAGCGGAUUCUUUGAUGAGCGGUUCCAAGACGUCGGUGUCCCAGCCGAUCAUCGAUUAUUCCCGAUACGUAAGGAGAUAUACGUCCAGUCAAGAAUGCGGCAGCACGUAUUGCAAGGAAUUGGGCUGCAGGGAGCACUUCCAUUGUCUGGAUUGUAGCGGGAGGGUAUUUGUGAAGAAGGAGGAAAUGAUCAGGCACUUCAAAUGGCACAAGAAGAGGGACGAGUCCUUGCAGCACGGCUUUAUGAGGUACUCGCCGACGGACGAUUGCUCGGAAAAGCACCCCGGUCGGGCCUGCCCGCACAAUAGAAAGCAGACCCACUAUCAUUGCAUCCACGAAAAUUGCGACAAAGUGUACAUAUCGACAUCGGACGUGCAGAUGCACGCGAAUUACCAUCGCAAGGACUCCGCCAUCAUACAAGAGGGUUUCCAGCGAUUUCGGGCCACCGAGAGUUGCGCGACUGACCAUUGUCCGUUCGUUGGACAACGGACCACGCACUUUCACUGUCGUCGCGCCGGAUGUCGGUUCACGUUCAAGAAUAAGGCCGAUAUGGACAAGCACAAAUCUUAUCACAUCAAGGAUGAACAACUGUCGCGCGAUGGUUUCAAGAAGUUCAUGAAGUCGGAGGCCUGUCCCUUCGAUCAGUGCCGCUUCUCUCGGGUCUGCAAUCACAUUCACUGUAUACGACCGCACUGCAGCUACGUCUUACAUUCUUCUGGUCAGCUCUUUUCGCACAAGCGGAAACACGAGCGCCACGAGUCAGAAUUGGCUUAUCGAAAGUACAAACAAGUCAGCGCCGUGGGCGGUAUUCGUCCACCCGGAUCAUGGGCGCCGGACGAAUUGAGCGCUCAAAGCUUAUCCCUAAGUCUGAAUGGCGAGAGCUCUAACGAGGGUAGAGGUUCCCCGUCGUAUUAUUCUCUGGAGGACUCUUUCCAAAGCGCGAGCGACCUCGCUAUGGAUCUUACCGCUCCGACCACGACUAUGGCGAGCGGAAGUUCCGUUAAUCUCGAUCAGCCGCAACAUCAGCAGUCUCUCACCUCCGCUGAAUUGGCAUAUCUGGUGCCAGCCACUUCGGAGUGCGCUUGUAACGCGGGCAGAGAGCACCAUCACUGCGGAUUAGACCGCUGCGGAGCGUCCCUGAAGGAUCCCCGUGAGGUCAGAGAACAUCUGAAGGAACACGAAACUCAGGAACGCAUAACGGACGCCUUCUUCGAGGAGGGCGGCUGCGACGACAGUUGCCCGUACGCGGAUAAGGAGAAGCAUUAUCAUUGCAAUUGGGAGAACUGCCGAGAGGUGAUACUCUCCACCGACAAACCGUUUCGCAGAUUGCAGCAUUACAAGAUACACGAGUACAGCCGACAAUUGAACCUCUCUUGCUCCUCGCACGCCCUCUCCCCCGACGUCACCUUGACCCAUCUGACGAAUAUCGACGCGAUGUUCAGGCGGAAGCGCGGUAGACCGCCUAAAAAUCGCGUGAUAGAAAUCUGGUCAGGUGGCGACCCCGCGACACACACCCACGAUUCGCCGCAGGCGAUCUUUACGAGUUUCAAGCUUCCCAAACCGCAGACGUCUAAUUUAAUGUCGAAUAUGUUAUCGGAAGAUCGAGAGGGUAGCGUAUCACCCUCGAACAGUAUGGGCGAACCCGAGGGAUUCGCCACGUACAACUCGGACGGAUGUCCGGACACGGCCUGCGUGCUUAGAUCAACCAGGCAUCAUCAUUGCUCGCAACUGCGAUGCCAUUUCUCCACCGAUCGGCCAGACCAAUUGCUCAUGCACAGUAAGGAUUUCCACGAUAACGUCGACAUACCGCCGGGCUUCGCCUUCUACGACAAGAUGGUCGACUGUCGACUGGCUGGAUGUCACAGCAAUCGCAUUAAUCGACAUUUCCAUUGUACCAGACCGAACUGCGGAUAUUCAUUCGUUAGAUACUCGACAAUGGCGUUACACGAGAAACAGCACGCUUCCGGUCACGUUGAGUCCUGUGGUCAGGAGUCGAAUAAUCAGGAAUGUCAAACGCAACCUCAAUCCUUGAUCCAGGAAACGAAACCUAGGAUCCAGGUGAAAAAUCCCGCCGAACUGAUCGAGAAACCCGAUGAAAAUCUGAUAGCGCCUGAUCAGGAAAGAUCGAUAAUCGAAGACAAGGAACCCGAGCUCGCGAGUCCCGACAGUGGCAAGACUACCGUGGUGAGGGCGGCUGGCACCUAUUAUCCGGUCAGCGGACCGCCGAGCGAACCCGCACUUCCGGGCGUCGUGCUAUCCAUGCGAACUUCCGUGCACCAAGAAUCGCCGAUGAUGCCGUCUAUGAGCACUACCUCGCCGCACACUUUAUACGGACCGGAACAAAGCUGCAGCAGGCCAUUCUGCAAGCUGAAACGCAAGAACCAUUAUCAUUGCAACGCAUGUAAUCAAGCCUUUUCCGAAUUGGAUCGCCUGGUCGCGCAUAUAGCGAAACAUUCAACUGGCGCUAUUCUCAGCCAGCAACAACAUGACAUAGUCAGCCCAUCGCCCAAUCAACUGCAGCACGAUUACAUCGCGCAGCUGUCGCAAAAGCACGACUUCAUGUCGCCGAACGCCCAGAUGGCUCAAAACAUUCAGAACUUUCAGAACCAAAUGCAGCGGCAGAUGCAACAGACCCUCGGCCAGCAGUCUCAGCCGAAAGACAUUAAAUUAGAAAAACCUAGAUGCAGCAUCGACAUCGGUGUGCAAAAUGUGCCGAACGUUAAGCGGGAACCAUCGGAUGUGGCGUGUAGGGACGAAGGCAAUAAUACCGUGAUAGAUAAUCAUGAAAACGGUCAAUUAACGCAACCGCCACUUCAGCCUAGCAAUGUACAACAACCUUCGAUACCGACGAGCUUCGAGCUCGAUCUUAGCCAUGGCUUUCACUUUCCAAGUCCCGCCGUGAUGGCCGCGAUGAAUCAACAGAUUGCUCUGAUGAAUCAGGCCCUACCGCCGUUUCUUCAGCACGGUGGAAUGUACGCCGGUGGACCCGGGUUGAUGUUCGCGCCCGGCUUACCGCCGACCAAUUUUCUUCCACCCGCGAGAGACGAGAAUCCCCUAGCCUCGCUGGCAGCUAAUCUUAAUUUGAACAAAAGAUCUCUCUCUCCGCCGGAUGCUAAUUCGCCAGAAGCCAAGAAGCAGAGACUUCAUCAUUCAAUGCGUAUGCUGAAGGACGAACCUGUACCGGAGGGAUAUGUCAGAUUCAGGUUCAAUGAGGACUGCAGGUAUCCUCAUUGCGGCUACAGAGAACAUCAAACUCACUUCCACUGCAUGCGUCAAGACUGUGGUUACUCGUUCUGCGACAAAACUCGUUUCGUUCAGCAUACCGCGAGGCAUGAGCGGCUGGAUACCUUGAUGGGGGGUGAUUUCCAACAGUAUCGCGCCAACGUGCCGUGUGGCAGAGCUCAAUGCGCCUACACAUCGUCCCUCGGAUCGAUGCAGAACAAGGCAUCGCACUUUCACUGUUUGAAGUGCGACUUCGUCUGCACGGACACGAACAAGGUAGUGGCUCAUCGGCGGCAGCACGCCAAGUUGGACAGCAUCGCGGCGGCGGGUUUCCAGAAAUUUACGCCCAGUCAACCGUGCGGAGCUGUGCAGUGUCAACAUUCUGGCAAGCAGACGCAUUAUCACUGCCUGCAGUGUCAGUACGCGGUGUUGGGUCUGGCGCAAAUGUCGGCGCAUAAGUAUCGACACAUGGACACUUAACGAUCUCCCAUAAAAGUUCUGUACGUGGCAGGACGGCCGAAUAAAGCAUUGUCCUUGGUCCUAGUAGACAUUCCCUAGAGAAUGGUACGGCCAUCUUUCCCCCCCUCCCCCUCCCUCCCGACUAGGUGAAAAAUCGAGUGGAACCGGUAGGGACUAGUCAACGAUUUCGUCGCAACUCGAUGCCCACCGUCGAUACUUGUCCCGCGUAAGAGAAGAGUCGAAGUGAUCGUCCGCCGAAAUUCCAAAAGAGAAGCCCACUAAAAGACAAAUUCUUAGUCCCUAUAGACAUUCCCCAGAAGGAUCACUCGAGUGUCUCGAUCGUUCAACGAUCGAGCAACGUUCCUGGAUAGUAUGGAUGAUCAAUGGCAACCUGUAGGGGGCUAGUCAGUAACGUUUAUCUUCAGAACGAAUAUUAUUAGGUUGAGACCUUCGAAUCGAAGAGAUACAUCCGGUAUCUGUGGCUAUGUCGAGGCAGUUCGGUCUCUUCGUACCUAGAGUCUGAGCGAUGAAAGACAAAUCGAUGACGAAGAAUCGCAACGAUCGUCAAACAGUCCUUGCAGACUCUAGAAACGCUUCCAGGUGUGAACAAGACGGAAUAUUGAUACGGAAUGAGAAUUACGAGGUUUACGGUAGUCGCGAAUCUCAGAAAAUGUAAUUCUUCCGGACCAUGAAUCUUGGGAACCGGGAAACGAGAACGAGAGAUACAAGAAUCUGGCGUAGCACUAAGACAAUAAUAUAAAGACAAGUCUAUAACGUAGCUUUAGCAUGAAAAAAAGACAAACUAUAAUAUUUAAUAGGAGAGAAAAGAACACCUUGUACAUUUUCCCCUUUGUUAGUAUCAUCCUGUGUACCCUCUGCGUGAAUAGUCCUUACGACGUUUUAGAUCGUAGAUUAGUUUAAUAUGUUGUAGAGAAUGAAGAGAAACGGUAAUGUGAAACAACAAGUCGGCGACGCGAUUAAUAUCUUUCAUGUAUUGCAAAACAGCGGGGAUUAAUGCAACGAUCGCAUCUUUCGCUUUGGUACUGGAGAAGUGAGGGAAAGAUAUUUUCCUAUCGUCUAGACGCAGGCAAAGUUGAAAAAUGCAUUAUUGCAUUAUAUCAGCGAUAUUAGCAUGUUAAUUGCACAACUGAUAAUCAGAAGAUUCAUUACUAGUUACAAUGUUGAGUACUCUUAUCUUUUUAAUCUCGUCUUUUUAUAUUUGUUGUAAAAAUUUCCAGAACAAAUUCCUCUAUACAGAUUUUUCCAUUAGUAACAAAUUAUUUAUUUAAUUGAUCGGCAUAAUUGGGAGUUAAUUGUGCAACAACGACGAUAUGUUGCAACGAUGAGUGCAACACACAAUAUGUGAAAUUGAAAGGAAAUAACGCAUAUUUCGAAUUGGAUUAUAUACCUUGGAGGGUACGCGAUAAAUUUUGAAGUGAAAACAAGCAGUAUUGGAAAAUUGAGAGUUAAUUAGAAAGACUGCGAGCCGAGGCGCAGAAAUGAAGAACGAAAUAGAGCAGCGUGAUGGUCGUUGAACGAUCAAGUUAGAGAACGAAAAGAUUAAAAAUUUGAAGCGACGGAAAUUAUAUAUGUGCGAAAGAGAAAAGAGAGGAAAGAAAAAAUAUAUUCUAGGAAAAUAUAUUCUAAAAAGAGUGGUCGCUGACCGACAUAAAGCAAAGCUGUUUAAUAUAUGUAUGUAUAGUGUAUAUGUAUUGUGAUUGAUAUGAAUCGUUCAUGGGAGGAACAGGUUUCUCGCUUCUUCUAUUCCUAAAGCACGCUCAACGAUUCCAUUUUCAUUCGAUAAGUAUUAUUCCCUCGCGCGCUAAUCUCGCCUAUAUCGGAUCAAGAACAUCUUCGCUCUUCCUCACUUUUAGAUGCGAUCGAGAAAAAAAUAAAGUAUUUUUUUUUUUUUUUAACGUUUAGAGGGUUCGGCACUUUAUCUUCAAGACGAGAUACGGUUUGCACGCAGACUAAUAAUAAUGCCGGGUGAAUGACAAGAAAGGUAUAUCCGGAAAGUUUAAUGAAAGUUUAAUUCCUGCGCGGAGGCCAACAGAGACUUACGCAUAUUUUCUCGGCGAAUAAUUAAACGUAGAAUGCAGAAAAUAUUACGCGACUGCUCAGCGAGAAAUGCGCUAGGGUGCCUUUAGGAUCUUUUCCGAAAACUUGUGUAGGACCGUGCCUUAGCAGUUUAAUGUACAACGGAUACGUUAUUUGUUCGGUGUAGCAGCAGGUCCGAACCGGCGAUCAGAUUACACUGUUAGAAGAUCUACAUCUUACCUGUAGCUAUGAUCGAAUUUCGGACUAAAAUAUCACAGUUGUAAUUAAUCACCUUCAGAUAGGUGGAUCAAUCGAAGAUUGAAUUUUUAUUUUACUAAAGAUAACAAUCUUCUAAUAGGAUCAUUGAUCAUCGAUGAGCCUGUGGUCUCUGAAUUGUAUUCUUUUCUGAAUUAUCUUUUAUCCAACUGACCGAAAAACGAUCGUAGAUUUUUAAUAGUAACUGGAACAAAUUAGUGCCUUAAAGAUGUAUCAAACUAGAGGAAAACACCGCAGUGUAGUCGCUGAUAUUUAAAUGGCCAUUUUCUAACGUUUUUACAUUUUUUAUGAAAUAUCAAUUUGUUUGGAAAAAAAAUUAUUUUAUUUAUACAACGUAUAAAUCGCCGAGAACUUUCUUAAUUUUUCACAUGCAAAAUUCGAUUUUAGAGAGUGAUAUAUGAACAUUUUUGUAAAAGACUUUUAGAAAUGUACCCAAUAAUAACGUUAACGUAGCGCCUGUUUAAGAAUAGUAUAAUUAAUAUUUUCGGCAAAAAGUAAAAAAAUUUUACAAUGUUGCGUCAGUAGCAAAACAACUUAUCUGUCAUGAAGAAAUUUUACAAUGUGAUGAACCUGAAUGUAUCUGCUCUCAAUAAUAAGAUAUCGUCUCUGUUAUUUUUCUUUUUUUUUUGUUUUAAAUGAUGAUAGCAAUUCGUGAUCUUAAUUUAUGUCGUAGAUUGAACUUUGAUUGGCCGAAUUAAAAAAAAUCGAAAUCGUAAAAAGAUACCGUUUCCACAACAAAUACAUUGUCAGAGUUCAAAUCCGAUAAAAAUAACAAAUAAUUUCUUAAAAGCUAAAUCUAAUAAAAAUGUCACGUAUCAAAAAUAAAUGUAACGAAAAGACGUACUUUGUCGUCGAAAAUAUGUCCGGAGUUUUUGCGGAGGAAUAUUCAUUAUGUAAUAGCAAUAACUGAGAUAAAUAAUUAUAUAUGACGCUGUGUAUCAGAAUGAAUAUUUUGAGAAACAAAAUGACAAAAUUGUUUAUUUUAAUUAGACAUGUUUUAUCCGUUAUAUAACUCAUAGCCAUUAAAAGAUUGUAUUGAAAUUUUGAAGAAAACGACGAUAUAAAUAACAAAUUUAUGAACAAGUAAAAAGGUUUUGUAUUUAAAAUGUUACAUUUAAUCCUUACAAUUUUUCACUUUAUCUUUUUUUCAUACUGUAAACACAUAAAUAGCCAAGCGAGUUGAUUGCACAGUAACUUUAGGAGGAAUGAUUACAACCUGAUCAGGUUAAGCCCCUCGGAGGUGAAACCGAGGAUCUCAAUGUUUCAAUAGUAUUCCUGAAAUAUUACAAUAGUAGCAUUCCAUAGCGAGUCGAUAGUCAUCGAUCCUGUCCACGUCGACGGUGCGUCGUCUUUACGCGACAAUUUAAUUAAAAGUUACGAAGGAAGUUCGUCGAUCUCUCGCGGUAUCGUAUGUCGUAUCGGCGAUAUUAAAGCGGAUUCCAAGCCAUAGAAGCAAAAGGAAAAAAAAAAAGAAGAAGAAGAUAAAAAAAGACGGUCGUUCUCAGAGCCGAAGAUAUCGUUCGCAUCGGGAAACGUGGAGAGGCUAGAGUCCAGCCAUUAAACAAGUGCCAUAAAACCACGCUGUAAAAGUCGAAGUACUGUUUUUACUAUGUUAAGUCGAGAGACACUUGCGCGGGACUAUGGGGAAGAUUCAGCAUGUGGUCGAUAGACAAAUCUGUAUAAUAUUUAUUUAGUAUUUAAAGCCGACGGGGAUGCGUGAGAAAAAAGGAGAGAGAAAGAGAGAACGAGUAGGAAAACUAUUGGGAAUAUGUUCGAAUGAGAAUGAAUAAUUCGCCUACUUUAACUGUAACUGUAACGAGUGGUGAAUUCCGAAUUAAAUGUGUCGAGUGACAGGAAGAAAGAGAUAAGAUUGCUAACAACGAUGUAUGACGGUUGCCUUAUAAGUACGGAGGACCUUUAUUAUAUAUAUAAUAUAUAUAAAAUUUAUAAAAAUUAUUAUAUAUAUUAUUAUAUAAUAUACGAGAUAUACAUAUGUAGUAACGAGGUUAUUAUUCGAAAAACGGAGGUAAGACGGAGCGAAGGAGUAUACCAGUAGAGUGUAUUAUUAUUCGAUAAAAAAAAAGCUAGAGAGAUUCUAUCGCAUGGUCGUUAGUGCUAAAAUACCUACUGUAUGGAUCUAAAAGAGAAGAAACUAUUAUAUAAUUUUAUCUAUUAUUAGAUUAUUAUUAUUAUUAUUAUUACUGUUUAAUUUUGUCCGCCACGCUCGCCUUGUAGCCUUCGAAUUUACACGGCGAACAUGCGGCCAUUAUUUUAUGUAUUAUUCUCUAUUAUUAUUAUUAUUAUUAUUUUUAUUAUUUGAAGUUUUACCUAUCAGAUCCACUUUGUAGCUUUUCAAUCUGCAAGGCGGAUGUGUGGGCCCUAUUAUUAAUAUUAUUAUUAUUAUUAUAUUAAUGAUUAUGGAACCACAUCGUAUGUAGCUGUGAUUUUGCUUUCAAAAAGUAAAAAUUAAAAAUAUUUAUAGCAACU